AUGCAUAUCCCGAUCACACGCGCUCUCUAUCGUACCGCGUCAGCGGCAGUUAAACGGAUGAGCAGGAGGCUAUGUAUCUCGCAGAACGAGGCACAGGACCACGCGCUACGCAAUAACCGCUCCAGUCGCAAUGCCAUCAAAAUCAGGGCUUUCAUUGGAUGUGGAUGCUUUAGGUUGAUCGUUUUCAGAAGUGACAUGUCAUCCAUUGCAAUUAAUGCUGGGGUAAACUUCGUAAUCGGUAAAGAUGGAGGACAAUCGAAUGCUAUGAGAAUGGGGAAUACUCGUGUGAUUUUUCUCAUGUCGCGAGGGUCUCGAAAUCAACAAGCAUUCUCGAGACGGUGA